AGCAGAUGGAUGGAAGCCAGGAACACACUUAGAAAGGACAGACUGCAUUUGUGACAGUGUGCUUGUGUGUUGAAGCAGGGAUCUGAUCAUUGUGCUGGCCCAACAGCAAAUGUCCUCUGGAUUGUGUAUCACUGAGGUACUGGCUUGAGGAAGACUGGCGGGUAGUUUUACUCUCCUGGCAAAGAGGAGGAAACCCAUCGCACCAUUCCAGGGUCCAGGGGAGGAUUUUGAAAAUCCUCUUAUUUCAGCUCCUUUAACGGCAAAACAAGAAAAGUGGGGAACGUGGGGGGACUUUAUAUGGUGAAGAUGAGUCUGGACGGGGGCCAGGUGCUGAGCGGACCGAUGAAGGAACUUAAAGUUUCUCCCUCAGCAAAUGGGGACAGAUGGGAUAAGACUGAGGAGCUGGACCAAGACCGCCUGGAUAUCAAACCCAAGCAGGUGACAGGGAGACAAGCCCGAAAAGUGGAGGGAGGAGUGUUUUUCCCAAAGCCGGAAAAUGCAGUGACUGUCGCAGUCUCAUCGCGGGUUCUAUUCCGAACUGAGAGGGAGCAGAAGGUGUUCGAGCAGCAGGGUGUGGAGGAGUACCUGAGGUAUCAGAUUGAACAUGAAAGUGAGCCUUUUGCUCCUGGUCCUGCUUUUCCAUUUGUCAAGGCCCUGGAGGCAGUGAACACUCGUCUGCGGGAGUUGUAUCCACAGAGCGAGGAACUGUUUGAUAUUGUUUUGGUGACGUACAACCACGCCCAUGUGGGGAUCCGUCUCAUCAACACCAUCAACCACCACAAUCUCUUCAUCGAACGGUUCUGCAUGACCGGAGGCAGCAGUCCUAUCGGCUACCUGAAAGCAUGGCAUACCAACCUCUACCUGUCCGCAGACGCUGAUAAAGUGAGGGAAGCGCUGGCUGAAGGUAUCGCUGCAGCCACCAUGUUCAUGGCAGAGAAACAGACAGAAGUAUCCACGACUCAGCUGAGGGUGGCUUUUGACGGUGAUGCUGUUCUGUUCUCCGAUGAGUCGGAGAGAAUAUUCAAGGCCCACGGCCUGGACAAGUUCUUCGAACAUGAACGGGAGAAUGAGGACACGCUGCUCGAUCACGGUCCAUUGAAAGGAUUCUUGGAAGCUCUUGGGAAGCUUCAGAAGAAGUUUUACGCCAAAGGCCACCGCUUGGACUGUCCGAUCCGGACCUAUCUGGUCACAGCUAGAAGCGCUGCCAGCUCUGGGAUCAGAGCGCUGAAAACCCUCAGAGCCUGGGGACUGGAGAUUGAUGAGGCCUUGUUUCUGGCCGGUGCUUCAAAAGGCCCGAUGCUUGAGAAGAUACGACCCCACAUCUACUUCGAUGAUCAGAUGUUCCACGUGGAGGGGGCAGCAGAGAUGGGCACCAUCGCUGCCCAUGUGCCUUAUGGUGUCGCUCAAAAACACAGCACCAGAAACAAAUCUGGGAAGUAGACAGAGGGUCACUUUCAAGAAACUCUUUCCUCAACUACAAACACUUGAGACUUCUUAAGGGAGUGGGAUGACUGCAGAGCAGCAGUAUGGUUACCUCUCACGUGUCAGUUGAGCUCAAGCUCUGGUCUGAGAUGAUGCAGGUCAGUUUGCCAAUGAAUCUGAAGCUUACAAGGGCUCCUGACCACUGUGGUGAUCUGACUUCAUACCAGCAUGGACGACAGAUAAGUGAUUGUUCCAGUCUUUAGUCAAGCACAGAAGCUCUGACUGUCUGAAAACCAAGUGUACUGUAUGUAACGCAUGCAUCCAGCAAGAUAUAGUUUAUUUUAUAGUUUAAAUGGUGCCUUAUGUUGACCUUUACAUUCAUUCUGAGUGAGUCAUCAAGGUUGUCACAGGAUUUGUAUUGUCCAUGAUGUGGUGUGUAUUUGACCAACUUCAGGUGUUUAAACAUCCAAUUCAGUGAAAUAUAGUAAUGCUUUUACUUUAUUUAUUGAGUUUUCAGUACCGACUCGACUUUCUGAGAUGUUUUCUGCCUGGAAAUGUUCAAACUUGUGUAUUUUGCAACAGACAGACAUGUUGCUUGGACCCAGUGCAGAAUGUUGAUUUUGAAGAAACACACCGUAUCAUUUGAAAUGGAUCAGCUGACCACAGACUGAUGCAGAUAGAUACAUUUCAUUGCAAGAAUGAAAAUAAAAAUAUUGUAAAUUGUGAAGUUACACAGUGACAGCAUGAAUACUGUCUUGGCCUCCCACGACCACGAGUCACGACUGACUCGUCUACUAUUGCGUCACAUGGUAUUAUUGUCAUGACGCCCAUGACCUCCGAAUCAGUCAAAAACAUCUGAUGUUCAGCCAGCCGACACUUUACCAGUCAGUGCAUCUGUUCCCCUGAGCAGCGAGCCAACCGUGAAAUGAGACCAGAAUUAAAAUGGAUUUUGAAAAAACACUAACAACAAUCAGAUUAUUUCAAAAGAGGAGCAUUUGAUUUUUUAUUUUUUUGGCUGUUUGAAUAGACCACAUUUUUUUGCAGUGAAAACCACAGAUCCCAGAUUUCUGAGAGCAAAUGCAGAUGCUACAUAGUCCUGCAAAACUAUUUAUGCUACUCGAAAUCUAAAGAGAAGUAGUGACAUCGCGGCAGAGAACGAUAUUGUAUCUGUCAAUAAAUCCUUUCAGAUCCAGGCCCCACUAAAUCAAGUCACAUGAUAUCUCCGACCAUUCUGGAGUCUGGGUCUGGUUGAGAGAGGCCUGUCCUGCGGCUGAAUGCUUCUAUGUACUGAAACACCAAUAAACGUCUUUUGGAUGAAUAAAACAGAACAUGGUGGGAUGCACAACAAGAAUGAGGACAAACAUUUGAACUGACUGAGGGAGAUACAUCUCAACUCAAUAAGUCACAGCACUCUUAAAUCAGCGUCUGUGUCAGUUGGGAGUUCGUCGUCACAUGGAGAGUCCCGGAGAAUCGCUGCAGGCAUCAGGCAUUUUUGUAGUCCCCAUUGCUGCUUUAAAUAUAAACGCAGCUUUCGAGCGAGCUGGCCAUUUUAUAAACAACUGAAUUCAACUUCAAAAUGAACCAUUUUAAGAGGUAUUUUCUCUGUGUUUUCAGAUGCAAAGAGUGUUUUUUCAUUCCAUCCACUGUAGUCGCUCUAGUUGCAGGUCAUAACAUGUCCACACUUUUUGGUUUUGGACCCCCAACUCUAGCCCAAAAUGGGGUUCAAACUACAGCAGAAUGUUUCCAUCUUCAAGAGCUCUGUAAGACUCUGAGGUCCACCAAGAUGUCAGGAAAGUUUGACAGUAAAAAGAACAUGUUCAUAUCCCCAAUCGGUUUUUACUCUUAAAUUAUUUAAUUUACUGACACAUUUGAGAGCAUUUGGUAAGAGGCACUAGUAUUUACCAGAAUUCAAUUUCUGUCUCCAUUUAAUCUUAAUCAUCAUACAAAUGUUUAUUAUUUUCAAAUGUGUUUCACACCACAAAACAGUGAGUAGGCAGAAACAAAAUGACAAGUUAAGACAGAGGAGCUCAGUGAAUCAUGGCUUCAGCAACACAGCUAAGCAGUUUGACUUAAUCACAUGCAUUUGACAUCUGGGUCCUUAAAAGCCCUUCAGAGUCUGGUCCACCUGUGGAGGCAGAUUACAGUUCUCAUCCUCAUCGGCACUGAAGAAGUUCUCCACUACUUCCACAGCUUUCUGGUAGAUCAGUGGGCUGUCGUGAUACUGAAGAGCCAUUAUUCGGUCCAUGCCUGAGAAAAGUAGAAUUUUAAGUUUAGCAGCGAACGCAAACUAGCCCUCGGAGGAGUAGCAUCACUUUGCCUUUAGCUUCCUCGAUCAGAGCACAGAAAGGGUUUUGCUCGGCGCAGUUUUUCUUGGCAGCAUGGUCACCACAUAUCAGAAUGUACUCCAGGGCUCUGAGUGAGUCCAGAACGAUCAUCAGGUCCUUCAUGAUGAGCAGUUCGCAGAGCUCCUUAAUGCAGCCCACAUCGACCAAGUACCUAAAAAUGACAUGUUCAUUCUCAGUCUGGGGUUCCCAACAGUUAAAACAGGAGUUUUCGGGAGCGGCCUUUAAAUAUUCGACUAAACCAUCAACCUGACCUGAUCUGCACCGGCGUAGCUGCACAGACACUGUUGACAAUUGCCCAGCCAGCCUCUAGCUUGAUCCUGAAGGCGGAGUUUUGAAAGACUUCGAUCAAAAUGGGGAAGAUCUUUGCGUCAAUCACCAUCUGCAAAUAAAUCAAAUUAGAAUGGUGUAAAAGCGCAUCAUGAGUUGAAGACUUAGAGUGCAGAUCUGGAUAGAACACCAAAAACCUCACAUACUGCCAAGACCAAACAGAAUGCACACCAGCAUCAGGACAAUUGUGAUUUUAAAAAACACAUUGAUGUUUACGUUAAUUCUAUUGUUAAGGAGAACUUUCCUGGAACAAACCUCUUGUCUUUUUUUCCCAGAAUGAUGAGUGAUCUAGUGAGUCGGCAUGACUUCAAUUUUUGAAAAAUGAAGAGCUACAUUUUUUUUUUCAUUCAAAGUGUGAUAAAACACAGACGCAGACACACUCCUGGGAAAUGAGGCUGAUAACUGAUUCCAUUGUUGCAUUAUGAGGUAGCUUGACCUUCACUGCUGGAGCUCUCCUUUAGACUCCUUCUUUACUAGGUAAACAAGAAUAAACAAUGUCUGCUUAAGAAAGCAGACUGUCAGAAAAUACGCGUCAUUAGCUGUAAACACAGUUUUGGUACGGUUGUCAAGUGGACAUGAGUUUUCAACUAAACAUUGUUUCCUAUUCUAAAAGUUAUCUUCAUUGUCAUUUGCUGUUCAAUCGCACCAGGUAGCUGUUGGAGAUACUUCUCUAUCAACAUCCUCUGAGCAAACAGAUCUGUGGCGCUCUUUCCAGGCAUGAAGCCAUACUGCUGCUCACUGACUCUGACCUCUCCUCUCAGCCUGGCUUCAGUGACAUUCCUCCACCACCUUACUGUGACUCUUCAACUUGAUCCCUCUAUAGUUACUGCACAGAACUGAGAAUCCCAUCUGCUCCUCAAAAUGGGCACCUGAACACCGUUCCUCCUCACGUCAGGCAUCCUCUCUACCUUCAAGUGGACAGUGUGGUCAGAAAGAUUGCCUACAAUGACAUCCCUUCCAGUAAUGGAGUCACAGCAACUCUAACACUAUAAAUAGUUGGGUGCAGCCAAUUCCUGACCAGAGCGUAGGCUCCCGCCCCAGUGAGGAAUAAGUGAGCAAAGAUGGAUGGCUGUGAAAGAGGGCAUGAAAAAGAGGUGACUAAGGAGGAUAGACAAAAGCAUAGGAGGCUCUCGUGCUGUAGCAACCCCUGACAGGAAAGAUCUCGAAUGACAGAGUCAUUUCACAUAAAAAGACGGACAUCGUGGUUCAAGUAGACCCAGUGAAUACAAUGCUAACUUGUACACUAGAAUAGCACCAAGUAUAAAGUUGUUCAACCUCCAACAAUCCAGUUUCCCAGCCAUCAACCACAAGUUAGUCAGUGUUGCCAAAACCUUAAAACAGUGUCAAGUGCUGUUGUGGCCCAGCACGCCGUACCUGCAGCUGAGUUCGAUGUCCAGCUGUGAUGUUGGAGAGGGCCCAGCAAACCUCUUUCAGCAUGGACCUCCUGAUGAGGAGGUUGCGGAGACUUGGCAGAGCUGAACAAUUCAGCACCAUCUUCACAGAACGGGACAAAGACUCAAAUGAAUGACUUUUACUUCAUGGUCCUUACAGGCCACACUUGCCCUGCAUCAGCAUAUGUAUUCUCACUGCAUUACUUUUAGCGUUUUUGGGUCAUAAACAAGCAUCACCCUCCACCGGUCACUUAUAAUCCUGAGUCUCCCACAAAAGGCCAUGCUCCAAAUAAAGCCUCAAGAUCAGCAGACCUGGGUCUGGAUGUGACUUCCAGUCAGGAUGUUUCCCACCGCCCUCAGGGCAGGGUAGGCCACCUUCUCCUGGUGCCUGCCAAAACAACACAGGGCUGGAGGAAGAGAAAAAAAAACACAUGAAGCUGCUUUCAGACGCAUCUGCAGCGAUCUUACAUGAGCAGGGUAACAAGGCGCGGACACACUCCAGAGUUGAUGACCGCCUGGAUAUGGUCAGAAGGACCGUCCAAAAGGUAGGAAAGGCCCCAACAGACGUUGACCAGCAGGUCGAUGUCACUGCUGUAUAAGAGCUUGGACAGAACAGGAAGAGCCGGCGACACCUAAAACAAAAACACUCUUUUCAAUUUAGUGAGACACCUUCUAAGGUCGGAAAUCUUUGUGUGACUAACACAACCUUCUCAAAAGCUGGUGGAGGGUUUUUUCCUCUGAAGAGAUUUGACAGAGUCCACACCGCCUUUUUGGUGAUGGCUAGAUUACUGGAGGGACUCAGCAGCCUGAGAUCGGAGGGAGCGACAAGUUAACUGAACAACUGAUGACAAAAUUGUGGAGACCACCUGAUGAUGAGGUUUCACAAAACCGUGUGCUCGUUUACAGAGCUCAGUAGGUGGCGCUCUCAGUUUAAAGACAAUGAAAUAUAUGUUUUUAAAGCAGAGAGUUGCCAUCUUGUGGCCUCUAGAGAUAAGGACAAUGCUUCAUGAAGGCAUGGGCAGCCUUUGGAUAGAAAUUCAGUUACAUCAGUAGAGGAGACAGGACAUUGCAGUUGAUCACAUAGUCUCGACAAACUGGUCCAUCUCCAGCGAUGUUCCCUAAAGCCCACACGGCCUGCAGGGGAACAGAAUGGAAACUGGCUAUGAAGCUGGAAAUUCAUAUGGAUAGCCAAAACUUACCAACCAUUUCCUUCACAUCUUCAUGGGUGGAGCAGAGAAGUUGGAUCAACAGGGGCACGGCUCCAGCCUCAACCACUCGGGCGGUCAGUUUUGAUGGACCUGCGGCGAUGUUUGUGAGGGCCCAGGCUGCUUCAAACUGGGGGUCGAAAGGGAGGAGCGUUCUUCAUAAGACAGCCAACAUAGAGAAUGGAAGGGACAAGCUCUGGUAAAAGCGCGCAGAUUUCCAGAUGUGCAACAUAUGAGAUCAGCUUUCAUUCCAAACCAUUCUUUAAUUUAUUCUUUAAUCUUAUUUUAAUUUUUAAGAGUUUAAUCACUCAUAACCACUAUUUUUGAAAAUAUGGAAAAGUAAGAAUGAGGGGCAAAAAUGACAAGAGCUGGUCUUUACUCGGCUCCUUUUCAGUGGACUGUAAGAAGAAAUAUUGACAGCAUGUAAAAUGUCAGAAGCUAUGUAAUAUAAUGCAAAGAAAUGUAAGUCAUGCA